AUGCUACAGUAUAGAGGGUUGGUUGUUCAAGGUAUUAGUUUAUUAUUUGGUUGGCUAGUGAAAGUACAACCAGAAAUACAGCAGCACCCCAAACCAAUGGCCGCUACUACUACAGAACACAUGACUACGAUUCCAUCGCCCACUGACGUGGGUGCAUUGGCAAACCGGAUUAAUUUCCACACACGUGACAUGCAUAACAAGAUCAACGCAUACAUGAGCAUCAAGAUGGCGUUUGCGAUGCGCCACGGGUUCAUCUAUCGCCAGGGGAUACUGGCAUACUACUUUGUGUUCCAUGCGAUCGAGCAGGAGAUUGACAGGCUGCUUGAAAGGGCCGAGACGGCGCAGGAGGAGCGUGUGAAGGGCAUUUUGCAGCAGUUUUGGUGCGAAGAGUUCCGUCGUUCGGACAAGUUGGUGCUAGAUCUACAGGUGUUGUACCACGACGAGUACCCCUCGGGGAACGAGUUGCAGGAGUUUUUGGACACGUUUGAGAUUCCGCCUCAGUUGCAGGCGUUUGUGGACGAGAUCCAUGCGAACGUUGCUGCGGAGCCAUACACGAUUUUGGCGUACUGCCAUGUGUUGUACUUGGCGUUGUUUGCGGGCGGACGUGUGAUGAAGUCGAAUUUGUACCGUCACAUCGGGUUGUUCCCCAAGUUUGGACACUUGAGCUCGAAGGAGCUUGUGAGGCGGGCGACGAAUUUCUUUACGUUUAGCGAUGAGGGUGUGGACGACGAGAACAGGCUUCGCUGGCAGUACAAGCGUGGGUACGAGUUGGCGACGAGGCAGACGCUCAGCGAGGCUGAGAAGCUGCGUGUGAUCGAGGUUGCGACCGAUAUUUUCGAGUGGAACAUGAAGGUUGUGGCUGAGAUUGGCGAGAUCAACCGUGCGCAGUUGAUGGGCAAGUUCAGUUACAAGUUGUUGUCGUUUAUUUCCGAGGAGUGGAAGUACUCUGAGAAAUUGACGCCCGAGAUCAAGAAAAUCGUCGUUUUGGCGGUGGUCCUUUUCAACAUGGUGCUGCUAUACGCGAUCCUGCGUCGUUACCUCCUCUAA